CACUUAUAUUAAAUGAAUUUACAGGUAUGCAGUAGUGACAGGUGCAAACAAGGGAAUCGGGGUGGAGAUAGUGCGGAAGCUGGCCUCCUAACGGCUAGAGAUGAGAAUAGGGGGGAGGAAGCUGUGUCAUUGCUGCACAAACAAGGCCUUUCAAAUGUUGUUUUCCACCAGCUUGAUGUUCUGGAUAAGCACGGCGUACCACGCUUGGAAAAUUACCUAAAAGCACAAUAUGGAAGGCUUGAUAUUCUGGUUGAUUGGCUUUUUACUUUUCUUUCAUAUUUUCCCCUUUAUUGUCUUGCCACUGUAGGUAAACAAUGCAGGAGCUAGUGGAGUUGUUGUUGAUGAAGAAGCCUUAAGGGAGUUAAAUAUAGCCCCUUUAGACUGGGUAAGACAAGGUCGCGGAUUAACAACUAACUACAUGUAGUAAUGCUGUAAGAUUUGUUUUUAGUUUGGGACGAAAAGCUAGUAGGAUCAUCAAUAGAUAAGCUAGCGAUGUGAGUAUACCCACCCACCCACCCACCAGAAAGACUAAUCCAAUCCGUAAAAGAUAACAUUUUUGUUACUCAAUCAGUCCCGAGGAGAAGCAGCAAUUAAUGCAAAAACAGCCAGCCAAUUGGAAAGCAAGAGUCAUACUUUUGAUUCUCCGCGCCACAACAGAUAAUAAAAAAUGUUGAGGUCUACUGCUUGACUUGUCGGGGAUUAACCUAGCUAGCUCAAGUAUACGAUGAUCUAAAAAGCCCUUGGUUGUGUUUUAAUUUGUUGUGGUGUUUGAGAAAAUGUACUUAAAACAUAACGUUCACAGCACCAUAGUUCGUGUCCUAUAUGCACGUGCUCAUUACUUAAAGGCCAGGGUAACAAUCAGUGAUUAUUCGAGUUCAAGCAAAUGUCUUUUUUUUGCAUGAGUAGCUGAAAAGCCCGCUGAAAGCUGAAAAAUAUAUUGCCACAAGCUGAAAGUUCUACUAAUUGGUAUACAAGUGCGCUUGCUGGGAAGGCUGUUGAUUUGAUUCAAGGUUCAAUCAAGACAACAUAUGAGAAGGCAAAAGAAUGCCUUGAUACUAAUUACUAUGGAGUGAAGAUGGUGACAGAAGCACUUCUUCCUUUGCUACAACGUUCCAGCCAAGGGGCAAGGAUAGUAAAUAUCUCUUCUCUCAGGAGUGAAUUAAGGCGCAUUCCCAACGAGCAGAGAAGGAAGUUGCUCGGGGACAUUGAUAAUCUGACAGAAGAGACAGUGGACGAGAUUCUGCACAACUUUUUGUGUGAUCUGAAAGAUGGAAAACUGGAAGCUAACGGGUGGCAAAUGAUGCUACCUGCAUAUAGCAUAUCAAAGGCAACGCUACACGCCUACACCAGACUUGUGGCAAAGAA